GGGGCCGCACCGCGCAGGGCGGGGACGCGCCGCCGGCUUGGUUCCGGGUGCUCCCGCGCGGCGCUUCCCAGAGCGCACUUGACCGAGGUCGGGCUGCGGGAAGGACGGGUCUGCGGAGCAACCCCGAGCGCCGCGGCGUCUCCGACCGCUCCUCCUCCUCGCGCCGACCGCUCCGCGGUUGGAGCCCGAGCCGGCGCCACCUCGCGCGCCCCGGCCAUGGCUUUCGCCAAUUUCCGCCGCAUCCUGCGCCUGUCUACCUUCGAGAAGAGAAAGUCCCGGGAAUAUGAGCACGUCCGCCGGGACCUGGACCCCAACGAAGUGUGGGAGAUCGUGGGCGAGCUGGGCGACGGCGCCUUCGGCAAGGUUUACAAGGCCAAGAACAAGGAGACGGGUGCCUUGGCUGCUGCCAAAGUCAUCGAGACGAAGAGCGAGGAGGAGCUUGAGGACUACAUCGUGGAGAUUGAGAUCCUGGCCACCUGCGACCACCCCUACAUCGUGAAGCUCCUGGGAGCCUACUACUAUGACGGGAAGCUGUGGAUCAUGAUCGAGUUCUGUCCUGGGGGAGCUGUGGAUGCCAUCAUGCUGGAGCUGGACAGAGGCCUCACCGAGCCCCAGAUCCAGGUCGUUUGCCGCCAGAUGCUAGAAGCCCUCAACUUUCUGCACAACAAGAAGAUCAUCCACCGUGACCUGAAGGCUGGCAAUGUGCUGAUGACCCUGGAGGGAGACAUCAGACUGGCUGAUUUUGGUGUGUCUGCCAAGAAUCUGAAAACUCUGCAGAAACGAGAUUCCUUUAUAGGAACGCCUUACUGGAUGGCCCCCGAGGUGGUGCUCUGCGAGACCAUGAAGGACACACCAUAUGACUACAAAGCGGACAUCUGGUCCCUGGGCAUCACGUUGAUUGAGAUGGCGCAGAUCGAGCCCCCGCACCAUGAGCUCAACCCCAUGCGGGUCCUACUCAAGAUCGCCAAGUCGGAUCCUCCCACGCUGCUCGCCCCCUCCAAGUGGUCAGAGGACUUCCGAGACUUCCUGAAGGUCGCCCUGGAUAAGAACCCGGACACGCGCCCCAGUGCUGCACAGCUGCUGGAGCACCCCUUCGUCAGCCGCGUCACCAGUAACAAGGCUCUGCGGGAGCUGGUGGCUGAGGCCAAGGCCGAGGUGAUGGAGGAGAUUGAAGACGGCAGGGACGAGGGGGAAGAGGAGGACGCUGUGGACGCCACCUCUGCCCUGGGGAACGACACUCAGGACUCUUCUGAGGCGAAUCGGCUGAGCCUCAAUGCCAACAAACUUCUGCAGGAAUCUUCUAUGCCACUGCCACCCAGCCAGCCUCAGGACGGUGUGAAUGGGCCCUGCAGCCAGCCUUCUGUGGAGGGAGCCCUCCAAGCCCCCCGCCCACCAGAUGGAGCCCCUGCAAGCGAGAACGGCCUGGCUGUGCCUGUUCCCCUGCGGAAAUCCCGGCCAGUGUCCAUGGAUGCCAGAAUUCAGGUCGCUGAGGAGAAACAAGUCACUAACCAGGCUGGGAACCUUAGUCCUGCAGCCAGCAGGUCCCAGAAGGCAAGCCAGAGUCGGCCCAACAGCAGCGCCCUGGAGACCUUGGGCAGUGAGAAACUGGUCAAUGGCAGCCUGGAGCUCCCCACCCAGGCGGGGCCAAGCCUGUCCAAGAGGUCCUCGGACUCUGGCAGCGUGUCCACCUCGGAGAGCAUGGACUACGGCACCUCCCUGUCCGCCGACCUGUCCCUGAACAGAGAGUCAGGCUCGCUGUCCCUCAAGGACUCCAGGCUGCACAACAAAACCCUCAAGCGGACCCGCAAAUUUGUGGUGGAUGGCGUAGAGGUGAGCAUCACCACCUCCAAGAUCAUCAGUGAAGAUGAGAAGAAGGAUGAGGAGAUGAGAUUCCUCAGGCGCCAGGAACUCCGAGAGCUUCGGUUGCUCCAGAAAGAAGAGCAUCGGAAUCAGACCCAGCUGAGCCACAAGCACGAGCUGCAGUUGGAACAGAUGCACAAACGUUUUGAUCAAGAAAUCAAUGCCAAGAAGAAAUUCUUUGACACAGAGCUGGAGAACCUGGAGCGUCAACAGAAGCAGCAGGUCGAGAAGAUGGAGCAAGACCAUGCGGUGCGGCGCCGGGAGGAGGCCAAGCGGAUCCGCCUGGAGCAAGAGCGGGACUAUGCCAAGUUCCAAGAGCAGCUCAAAGUGAUGAAGAAGGAGGUGAAGAGCGAGGUCGAGAAGCUUCCCCGGCAGCAGCGGAAGGAGAGCAUGAAACAGAAGAUGGAGGAACACGCGCAGAAGAAGCAGCUUCUUGACCGGGACUUCGUAGCUAAGCAGAAGGAGGAUCUGGAGCUGGCCAUGAAGAGGCUCACUGCAGAAAACAGGCGAGAGAUCUGUGACAAGGAGCGCGAGUGCCUCAGCAGGAAGCAAGAGCUCCUUCGAGACCGGGAGGCCGCCCUGUGGGAGAUGGAGGAGCACCAGCUGCAGGAGAGGCACCAGCUGGGGAAGCAGCAGCUCAAAGACCAGUACUUCCUCCAGCGGCACGAGCUGCUGCGCAAGCACGAGAAGGAGCGGGAGCAGAUGCAGCGCUACAACCAGCGCAUGAUAGAGCAGCUGAAGGUGCGGCAGCAGCAGGAAAAGGCGCGGCUGCCCAAGAUUCAGAGGAGCGAGGGCAAGACACGCAUGGCCAUGUACAAGAAGAGCCUGCACAUCAAUGGAGCGGGCAGCGCCUCCGAGCAGCGCGAGAAGAUCAAGCAGUUCUCCCAGCAGGAGGAGAAGAGGCAGAAGGCAGAGCGGCUCCACCAGCAGCAGAAACACGAGAACCAGAUGCGGGACAUGCUGGCGCAGUGCGAGAGCAACACGAGCGAGCUGCAGCAGCUGCAGAAUGAAAAGUGUCACCUCUUGGUCGAGCACGAAGCCCAGAAGCUGAAGGCCCUGGACGAGAGCCACAACCAGAACCUGAAGGAGUGGCGGGACAAGCUUCGGCCACGAAAGAAGGCUCUGGAAGAGGAUUUGAACCAGAAAAAGCGGGAGCAGGAAAUGUUCUUCAAACUGAGUGAGGAGGCGGAGUGCUCCGUCCCUACCACGCCAAGCAAGGCGACCAAGUUCUUCCCCUACAGCUCUGCAGACGCUUUGUAACACCCUCGCCCCGAGGGGGCAGGCAGGGCAGCGGGCCGCAGGGCCCUGCCGUCCUCUGUGAACAAGUGACUCCGGAUCCUCCUCCCCUCGCUCUGUGCCAGUGUGAAUGCAGCCCCCUGCCCGCUGCCACCCGAUGUGCACCACAGGCUGCCCGGUGCUUCUGACUUCUCGCUUGCUCGUGGAGGGCGAAGUUACUUAUGUGGCACCUUCCCCUAAUGUGUCCUCACUGAGCACCACAUCCCGUCAAGCUGCACGUGACCGGGGCUCUCAGUGGGGUCAGGGGCCGGGACUGGCCAUGCUGCGGUCUCGAGGGCCCUCUUGUUUGCCAAAACACCAGUUUUGCUGUCGGUAGGCACAAAGCAUUGCUGAUGAAGUCACCGUGCGCUCUGCCUUAUUGUGAUGCUUGGUUUUCUAGCAGUGCCUUGCAGUGUCAGACAGGAAGCUUAGCAGCACUUCAGUUCCAGCAGAGGCAGGCUGGCAGCCAGCUGCUCAGGGGAUGUCCUUGUCCCCCUGGUCCCCCAGUUUGCUUCCUGCUUAAGCCAAGGCUGUGUGCAUGUGGGGGAGGAGACAAACAAGGAGCCUGAAGUGUUUGCUCUGCUGUACUUGUAUUUCAGGCCGUCUCCCGUUCCCCUCCCUGUGUGUUCACACACACCCACCCCCUGGCACGGUGAGGCUUGCCUGUGAACUGAGCUGCAUGUUAGGUAGAGCAGUUGGUGAGCAAAAUGCUGAGUGUUGGCACAGAGACCCAGGGAAGGCACAGGCUGCGUCGCCUGUGCCCCCACACAGGAUGGGGCAUUUGGGGAUAAACUCCUUGCAGCCCACCCAGUCUGCAGGCACGAUGGGAAGGACCUUCCCCUUGGCCUUGUACUCUGUUCAGGAGUUGCACCUUACAGCUCAGACCAAGCCUGGCAGGCCCUUGGCCUCUUCUGGAAAAAAGGCAUGGGGGUGGUGUGUGGCACAGGACGCUUCGUGCCCCCGGGAGCCCGGCUGAAGCAAAGCUUCUUGACCCAGUGGACUCCAGGGCCUUGUCUUCCUCAGCCAGCCUCCCAGGACACUGACCCUAAGGCUGCAGAGUGUGUAACCCAAUAAAGCAAGUGCUGCAACCAGCUUCA